AUGGGCAUCGCAGUGCAGGAUGGCUCCUUCUUGGGACAGCUCAUUCCUGCCAUGACCAACUCGGGGGCAAACCUAGCAGCGAAAGCACGAACAGGCGGUAGGGAGACUGUUGCGCGUGCCUUCGCUGAAUGGAUCGCUCUGAGCCUGCACCGACAACACGAAGACUUCUUGGUGGAGCUGGCCAUGCUCAGCAGCAGGGAAAAGCAGCAAAAGUUUGUCGAUGGCCUUGCGUCGGAGCGGCCAGACUGGCCAGCAGCAAAUGAAUGGUCAGCAGCAAGUAGCCGCAAUAGCCCGUCACAUUAUGUGCGCUGGCUGUUCAGUGAGCUACUGCAGUUGGCACCCAAGAACGGAGGAGAAGCGGAUGAGGCAAAAGAUGUUGAGCUGCCAGGCGAUGGCACGAGAGCGGAAGGUGACAACAGGGUGACCGAGGCGGAAGAGCCAGCACUAGAGAAUUCGAAGCAGUUCAGCAGCAGUCGCAUCCUGGACCGCAUGCGCACGUUUCUGGGAUCAAGUCUGGAGCUGGGAGAGCUUCUGAAAGCGUUGGGAAAGUUCGAAGACCGUCUCUGCAAGGAAGAGGGGAAGAACACUUGGAGGGACCUGAAGCUGGGAUCCAGUUUCGGCAGCUGGAUCUCGCAACACAACCUGGAAAUUGCAGAUGCUGCCGGACUGGCAAGCCGCAGCCGCUUGAAGGUUGAGACGGCCGCAGAGGACAUGUGGCGCCGAGCCGCUGCAGAAUGUGAUGACGCGGAGCGGAAUCUCCGUUUGCUGCUGCAUCACUUCGGUGCAGUCUUGGCGGACGGUGAGAUUCAGGGCAUUGUCGACAGCAUUGACUGCACGCAGGUCGAGAACAAUCCCGCCGAGCGUUCGACAAAGGUUGUGUUCCCAAUGUCAAGCUCUCAUGCAUCAUCUGGGCCAGCCACUCAAGCUGCGACGAGUGAGGAGAGGGAUGAACUGUUGGAAGAGGCCACCGAAGCAGUGCUUUCUUGUCCGGUACUUUUCGAUGUGGCAGAGUCACUUCCUGAGUGGGAGAUGCGUUUCGGGGCCCUGGCAAUGGACAUCAGCUGCUUCCUGCGCUCACCCGAGUUUGAGGCGAGAGCGAGCAAGAGAGGCGCAGUUGGCAGCAUUCUGGAGGUCCGUCACAAUGCCUUCGUACGCCUACCCUUGGCCAAAGACUGCUCGACGGAGCGGCUCGCUACAGCAUUGGAGGCCACGGACGGCCGCGCCGUAUCUGCAAUCGUGUUGGCCCGCCUGCUGCGUGAGGGGCGGGCGGCGCCUUCUUCACUGCUGAAGGAUCAGAUCUCUAAAGCCUUUACUGGUGCCUUCAAAGAAGGUGAAUCGGAGCGCUUCCUGCUCACGGCCGUUGCCGCACUCCCUCGUGGAGCCUUGGAUGUCACAAAGGAGGCGAUAGAGAUCAUUGCUUCCGGGUACAUGCGCUUGGAACGGCCGCCUGCGGCCUUGCUGAACAUGGCCUUCAACCCCGCCUACGAGGGCGUUCCUUGGCUCCGCUCGGCUUUGAAGCAGCUGGGGCUCCAGUAUGGCGUGAAGGAAUGGAUUGACUUAUCAAGGCCGCAGCCGAGCAAGGCUUCCCUUGAUGCCAACACGCAGCACAAGCAGGCGGCUUCCGAAGAAGCUGAGCGCCAGGAGGCUUUAGAGAAAGCCGAAAGCCAAACCAGCACGACCAAGGAGCAGCCAGCCGUGAACAGGGAGGCAGUGCGAGAGGCAGCCGCGGCUGAAGAUGACGCAGAGAAUGAGGAAGUCUGCAGACGGAUUGCUGCCAUGAAGAAAGUGGACUACGACGACGUGGACUUGGAGAAGCGCUCAUGGAUCAAAGAACCUGAAGAUCCUGGCGUUCGGUCGUUGCAGCGGACUGUGCAAGGAGCCGUGAAGCGAUUGUCGGAAGAUCUCUACAGCGGAGAGGCCCAUUUUCUGCUGGAGCUUCUUCAGAACUGCGACGACUGCACAUAUCCGGAGGGUGAGAUCCCAACACUGCGGCUCACGUACGAAUCCAGGAGGGGUAACUUCGAUAGCAUCACCAGCUUCCGUGCUGGAGAUGCUGUCGAAGCCUAUCUUGUGCUAGAGCACAAUGAGAGUGGGUUCCAGGAGAAGAACGUCACUGCCAUUUGCGACAUCGACAAAUCUACAAAACAACUGGCUGACAAGAAGUUCAUCGGUGCCAAGGGAAUUGGAUUCAAGUCAGUGUUUCUCGUUACCUCCACUCCUGUCUUGCACUCGCGUGGCUUUCACUUCCAUUUCGACGCUGACGCGCUGCAAGGCCUGGGCUCUCUUUUGCCCUUUCCAUUGCCUCCCCCCUCAAAUCCACCUCGUGGAACGCGGCUUGUCUUGCCCUUGAGCAGUACACAAGGGCCCUUGACAAAGCGUGGCCUGCAAGCUCCGGACAUUGGCCAGCGGGCGCUGAAAGACGUGCAGCCCACCUUGCUCUUGUUCCUUCGCAAGCUGGCACAGGUGGAGGUGAUGGACGAAGCACGUGGGCUGAAACAGGUCAUCACCAAAGAGAUUCUCCCUUCAGAGGGCCAGGCCAAGGAGAUCAAGCUGAAGGUUGACAUCACGUCACCAGAGGCAUCGCCUGAGUCGGAGGAGCAGAGAUGGCUGGUACAAACAAGGGGCGUGCAGGUGGAUUCGUUGGUGACGGAGCUGAAGUUAGCCUUCCGGCUCGACAGCGCAGCAGGCAGCUCAGAGAAAGUCUAUGCUUGGCUUCCUUUGCAGUCCUAUGGCCUCCGAUUCAUUGUCCAGGCGGACUGGAAGGUGCCAUCCUCCAGAGAGGCCAUCACGGACAACGUCUUCAAUCAGAGAAUUCGAGAGCAAGUGCCAGCAGCAUUUGUAGAAGCGGCGGAGACUUUCAGAAACCUGGCAUCAGCUGCCGCCCUGGAGCAUGACAUCGUGCUGCAGAGCUGCGAAGAUUGGGAAGAUGAAGGUGAUGCUGGUGUGCCUGGUUCGCAGAUGACAGCAGCUCUGGAUGCAUCGGCGGAAACUCUCUUGCCGUUCUAUGCUGCAAUUCCUCGAUCAGGCGACACCGUAAACUUCUUCCAGGGCACCGACGUGAGCAUCCUCAACGCACUGCGAGAAGUACCUUUAAUCUUGGUGAGGAAGCCAUGUCCAGGCCACAGCAUUGAGCCUGGCAACGGAGACGCAGAAGAGGAUGGCCAGGAGGUGCAGGAGACCCAGGAGCCCCACUUCCGCCUCGCCUUUUCCACAGCAUCGCAUGCCGUUCGCGAGCAGCUGCCAGAAGGAGUCCCAGCGAAUCUGUCCGAGCAUCUGUCGACACUGGAGCCGCUCCUUGCAGAAGCCGGGCACUACCUGGAAGUUGGAAAGCUUCCAGCUCGCGUGGCAGAUGCUCUUGGGGUGACAGCGUUGGACGCGGAUGUUGCCCUGGAUUGUUUGAAGGCCUUUGCGAGGCGUUGGUCUCAAAGGGAGGAGACAUUCGCAUUGCAGGUGUCCGACAUCGAGACGUUGCACCUUCUGCUACUGAUCCUCGAGGCAAAGGAGGAGCUUUACCAGGAGAUCAAGCAAUGGGCCGUGGUUCCCAGUGAGGCUGGUCUUGUGGCCUUGGCAGAGCAGGAGGCACAGGGGCGCAAGGUGUAUGACAUCCCCGAUGAGAUGGCUGGAUUGGAAGCAGUCUUGGGAGAAGGGCAGAGAUUGGAUCCACGACUGAGUCGCAUUGCCCAACCGAAGGUCAAGCAACUGUUCAAGAAGCUUGGCAUUGAGCGCGUGGACGGCUGGGUGUUUUUUGAGAAUGUGCUGCUGCCAGUCCUGUCAGGAGGCGAGGCCCCAGAUGCGGACAAGCUGGUAGCAGUCACAGCGAGAUUCAAGCAUCUUCUGGCCAUUUGCGAAGAUAGCGAUCUCAAGGACAAGAUGGUGGCCUGUGUCAGCGAAACUGGCUGGUGGGUAUUGGCCUCCACACACACGGGCGAAAUGCAGACAGCGAAGGUUGGCGGGCAAUCCGGCAAAGGAUUGCACUUGACACCGCUCUCUAAGUCUUUGGCAUCACGACUAGCUGACGAGGCCCACGAUUUGGAGUGGCUAACUCCAUCGGACGCGUACUGCGCUGAAGAGACUAGCGCAGACAGCGACAGCUCACAGCAGUGGGAAGACUUCUGGACUCUCUUGGGGGCUGUCCCGGCCUUUCACAUCAAGAGGGGGGACGACAUCACAAGCAAAGAGCUGGAAAGGCUUCUCCAGAUUGCCGGCAGCGAUGCAAACUUGGCGAAGGAAGUGGUGGAGCUCCUGGCGCCACAUGGAGAUUUCUAUGCUGACUCCCUGUGGAUUUCAGGAUCCCAGGAGGCUGAUGCCGCCCAGAAGCAGCCAUCCUCCGUGGGGCGGAUGCUCUGCAUGCGCGCAUGGCUGCCAACGCAUCGUGGACUGUCGGUGCCAAUGCACAUGGCCUGGCUGUGCCCCGAUGCACCAAAGCCGUCGGAACAGCGCUUCACCUUUGACCCUUGUGUCUCUACGCUGGCAGAGGAGUGGCCGGGCUUGGGCAUCGAGAAAGACCCAUCUGCUCAGACCAUCAUUAGCAUACUGCGGGACCUACGCUCUCGGAAGGGCGAUCUGAAAAUCGCAACGGGCGAAAUGAAGACGAUCUACUCGAAGCUUCAGGCAAAGCCAGCAAGGAACACCGAAACCUGCCUCGCGGCCUGCGUUGAUCAGGAGGAUCUCGAAAUGUUCAUCAGUGAAGAGAAGUGGGUGUAUAUCCCCAAUCAUCCGAAGCCCCAUGGGACUUUCAAAGAAUGGUACGAUCGAGAUGCUCGACAACCACACCGGGGAGAUUUCUACAGCUUGAGCCAGCUUGUGUUUUCGGACCGGGCCGAGUGCCUGGAUGGUUUCAGCUCCAAUGCCAGGGACGACGCGAUCGACCUCAUGCGUGGGUGCCUGGGAAAACGUGUGGUGGCCAACUACUAUUUUGGCCAGCAGACUCUCUGGCCAGCCUCCUGGAAACGCAGUGUGAGAAGUGAGUUCCUUGACUUUCUGGCCAGCCGCGGUGUCCAGGCAAGGCUGGAGGUUGACGACUACAUUACUGUGCUGAAGGCUGUCGAUGAACAGUUAAGUGUCAUCACGGCCAAGAAGGGGACACCCAAGAUCAAAGAGACACAUAUUCCAGGCUUUGUAAGACAGAUUCUUCGCACAGUGUCCUUGGUUGUGGACACUGAGAUCAAAGAUGCGCAGCACCGCCAGGAGGAAGAGGAGGACGGUGGUGCCGCGACAGACAUGGAAAUGUCCAGCGCCCUUGCGACAUUCUAUGCUGGAGCUCUAGACCUCUGCUUUCUGAAGGCCGCGGACGAGUCGUGGCAGCCAAUGCGACAGUUUGCAUACAUCAUUGACCAGAACAAGCUCUCGCAACUGUCAGGCUGGUUGCCAGAUGCUCGUCGGUUUGUGGCUAUAGUGCCAAUAGUGCCCGGCCAACGUGAUGCGAGCCAUAAAAAUAGACACAGCAUCAUGCAACUCCUAAAGCGAUGUGGGAUCCGGCCCUGGGACCAGAAGGAAGAGACACUUAGAAGGUGUGCGGUGGUCAUCCCGGAGGCCGUGCACAAAGAGAAGCGACAAGCACUGGCAAAAGAGAUUCUGUCCCAAGCGCUGCACAAGAUCGCAGACAAAGCACAAGACAUGCCGGUCAAGGAGAGCGGGCCGGACAUCGGCGACGUUUUCCGUCGUAUGAAAGACGUUGCUGAAAGGCUUCGGGUAGAGCCGGCGAGCAGGAUAUCAUUUUAUCAGGUGAUUGCUCUCGACGUCCAUGAAGUCGAAGCAAGUGGCAAGGAGAUUGCCAGCACGGAAGACAUGUCAAUGCAGUUUGUGGAGUUCAAGUCCUCGAAGAGCGCGGCAGUUCCGAUCGUGAGGAUCAAGGAGCUUGAGCGCAUCCACCGGGAAUUCACCGGCGAAAGUGCUGAGAGUGGAGAUGAGGAGAAGCAGCUCGUCUUUGCCUUUGAGGGCGGGGUCGUGGAGGCCAUUCAGAAUGGCUCGCGCGAGCUUGCCAGAGCCUUGGUCACCUUCGCCAUGCAGGGCCUUCCUGAAAAGCAGCAAGAGCCGAAAGGCAAACAAGGUCUCUCUGAGCAGGCGGCGGCCAUCGUGAACUUAUUGAGAAUGGCGAUCGGAACUGUCGCCCAAGGUCAAAGCGAACCUUCAGAGAGCUUGCCAGAUCUGCCAGAGCGACCGCCAGAACCCAUUUCCAUGGGUGGCGACGACCCCAAUGCCAGCGAAAUGCGAAGCCCAACGACAGUAGCGACAGAAGCGGAAUCGAAACUUGAGGAGGAUUCGGAGUCAAGAGAACAACUGCUUGAAAAGCUCUUCGAAGAGAUGAAGGACAUGGAUGACUCAGACUGGUGGGGCGCACUAGCGCAGGCUUCUGACGCAGAAGACGUCCAACAAGAGGGAAGCGGGGUUGAGCCGGACUUCUCCGUGUCAGACUUGCUUCGGAACGCCGGUGAAGCGCUUGAUUUCAGGCGAAGGCGGCGAUCCAAGGCGACGUCGCGAGAGCCUGGAAGGAAGAGCGGCUCCUCGUCUGUGCCAGCGGUGCAGGCAGAGGCUGCUGGCAGAGACCAGGAGCUGGCCGAGUUGCUGCCUCCCAUGGUGCCCUACAACGUCGCGGAAAGCAGCGUGCCCUACGAUGCCCAGCCAGGGGGGCCGCGACCGGAGGGACGCGGACAGGGAAGUCGCCAAGCGAUGGUUGACGCGGCCGAUGCUUCCGGGCAACCAGCUCGAAAGGAUGGGGGCCGUGCCCCGGCCCGAGGUGAGCAAGACGAGGACCAAAGGGAUUUGAGGCCCAGGAGGAUCCUGCAAAGGGAGAAGCGGCAGCUGAGCCAUCCCAGAGGAUACCCGCUGGAAAGAAUCGCACUGGACCUGGACACGCCGCCCAUGGAGACGGGCAGCUUCCAAGAUUUGGAUGUCCGCUUGGGGGACUUGCAAGAUGCGCUUGGCAAGGCCUCCGCUCCUUCGGCCAGCAGCAUGCAGCGUAGCCCGGUGGGCCAAAUCGGGGAGCAACUGGCGGCACUUUCCCUGGAGCAGCAAGGCUUUCAGGUUUGCUGGAUCAACGAGGCCAGUGAGCUGGGGCUGCCCUGCGACCUCAUCCUAAGCCAGGGCGGAACAAUGCCCACAAUUUGCGGCGGGAGUGGAUCAGUGGAAGCGGAGUUAGUCAAGGGCCUUCUGGACGCAGCACUGCGCGGAGAAGGAGAUCCGAACAUAGUUUUUGCGGAGGUGAAGUCCACGACGUCAGGUGACCGAGAGUUCUUCGAGAUCUCGCGCGCCGAGGUCGAGGCACUAUCGACCCUAGGACCCAGAUAUUGGAUCGUUCGCGUCUUUGGCGUCCCACGCUUGGAUGCGGCGAGCGAGCCGGGCGUCGCCAAGGCCACGAAGGUGCGGCUUUGGAAAGACCCAAACAGAGCCCUUGGGAGGGGCGAGAUGAAGCUGUUGCUGCUGACUUGA